AUGCUCCAUUCUUUCCCAGAUAACAGUCAAUUUAAUAUUAUUAAGCCUGGAACGGGAGCGAGUGGUGUCUUGUGGGGAAUCGCCCACAUCUCGGAGGACUUGGCGCCGGCGCCAAGACGAGCUGCCUAUCUGGACGUCGUCACUCGAGCACUUGGAGGAAACGGACAGCAACCGUUGGCUAUCAGGCAAGUAGCAAUACAUUCCAGAGUAAUUUCUAAGGAAUUGGGUACACCCAUGGAGAGCAGUGAGGAGUACUUCGCGGCAGAUCCAUCCAGCCGUGGUUCCAUAGCUGUUCUGCCGCCAAAUGUCGACAUCUCCUCGCUUCAAUAUCUACAAGGAGUGAACGACCAUGGAGAGCGGAUACUGUUCGCCUCUGCCGAGUACUCGAACGUCUCUAUGGGACUGAUGAACGGAGCCGUUCUUUCUGGAAAAGCAGCUGGAGAGAUGGUGGCGCGCCGUCUGCGAAGUGUUGCCGAAACCGAUCGGGAAGACAACGAGAUCGCCAAUCUUAUCCGCCUUAACGAUGAGGUCGCGAAGACCACUCGACCACUUCAGGUUUCGGUAGACAGUAGACGAACCAACGCCCCCACAACUGCCGCUGCAUUCGUCUACAACACCUCAACACAUUACCCACUCACUCAGCCCAUCGAGGUCACCACCUUCAAGCACUUC